CACAGUAAUUCACAGUUUCUUAUUUCCUUAAUCUCUUUCUAUCAACGCGAGUCCCCAAGAUGUCUAGGAGGCCUACCACCAACAGGUCAGGGAUGUCAAGAACAGCGCCGUCAACGUCUAUCUCAAUGCCUCCACCAUCAAGGAUCCCCAAUCGGCCGCCAUCGGUCAUGUCGGUAUCUCAAGCUUCACAUGGGAGAAAUGAUGGAGAUAGUCGAGCUGCGAGCCCACAAAGAAAGAUAAGAAAGACUGUUAACGGAUCUAUAACAAAUAGAAAAAUGGAAACGCCUGGGGUGGGAAUAAAUACAGAUGGUGAAAUCAAUAUUCAAGUGGUCGUGCGAUGUCGUGGACGCUCGCAACAAGAGGUGGAUCAAGCAUCUCCAGUCAUUACCACCACCACUGGACCGAUAUCAAAGAUGGUCACCGUCGAAACUACUCCAUUACCGUCAGCGACCCUGUCAACAUUCGCGACGGCAUCAUACGGUGGAACUCACCAGCCGGCCACAAAAACGUAUCCUUUCGACAAGGUUUUCGGGCCAGAAGCUGACCAAACAAUGGUUUUUAACGAGGUUGCUGAAGGAAUGCUGGGGGAAGUUCUGUCAGGAUACAAUUGUACCAUUUUUGCUUACGGGCAGACAGGUACUGGAAAAACCUAUACUAUGCAAGGCGACCUUGAGCUCACAAAUCUUGACGCUCCGAAAUCGACGGCUGGUAUUGUUCCGAGGGUCCUUCACCGUCUUUUCAGCAUCCUCGAAUCUCAAGCCGACACCGAGUACUCGAUAAAAUGCUCUUAUGUGGAACUGUACAAUGAAGAGCUUCGAGAUCUCCUAGCGCCGGAGUACAGAGGUGAACAAAGUGGGACUGGCGGACUCAAGCUGUAUGAAGAUGGAAAAAAGGGGACUAUGAUUCAGGGCCUGGAAGAGACAGGCGUAAGGAACUUGAAAGAGGCCUUGGGUAUGUUGGACAAAGGAGUGAGGAGAAGACAGACCGCCGAGACAAAGAUGAACACCGAAUCUUCCCGUUCACAUACAAUCUUCUCUAUCACGGUCCAUGUUAAAGAAAGCGGAGUGCAAAGGGGAGGCGAGGACAUGCUUCGAAUCGGAAAAUUCAAUCUAGUCGACCUUGCUGGCUCGGAAGCUAUUGGCCGUUCUGGUGCUACAGACAAGCGCGCUCGUGAGGCCGGUAUGAUCAAUCAGUCUCUCCUCACCCUCGGGAGAGUCAUUUCGGCUCUUGUCGAGAAAGGCAGUCAUAUCCCUUAUCGAGAAUCAAAACUUACUCGACUAUUGCAAGAUUCCCUGGGUGGUAGAACAAAAACUUGCAUUGUCGCAACUAUCAGUCCUACCCGAUCCAACAUGGAAGAAACUCUUUCCACUCUUGAUUACGCCAUCCGCGCCAAGUCUAUCCGUAACCGACCAGAAGUCAACGCUCAUCUCACAAAGGCCGGCUUGCUCAAAGAAUAUGUCGGAGACAUUGAGCGUCUCAAAGCAGAACUCGCUGCGACAAGAGAGAAGAACGGAAUAUAUAUUCCCGAAGAUCAAUGGCGGGAGAUGCAUGAAAAUCAGGUGAAGCAGAAAUCAGAUUAUGACGAGGCCAAACUCAAGGCGAGCGUCAUUGAAGUUGCUUUGGACACGAAGAAAAAGGAGUUUGAUGAAGUCAGUGUGCGGUUGCUUGCGACGGUCGAUGAACUUGCUCAAGUGAGGGAAGCUGAGAAGCAACUGACGGAAAUGCUUGACGAAACGAAGAUCGUACUUGACACUAUCAAGACAAGACUAGAUGAGGAGACGGUCAUUAGCCAGGCGUAUAUGCAAGGAGAGGAGAGACUAGACGCAGUUGCCGGAGGCCUGAAGAAAGUGGCCACUGAGAGUGUGAAUGACGUUGGAGGAUUGUUUGAAAAGAUCGCCCGAAAGGCCAAGGUACUCGGAUCCAACGCAAGCGCAGCUACUCAAUUUGGUGGUGAACUGCAGGGGCUCUCCCAGGGCCUUCGCAACGGUUUAUCGCAGCUGCAAUCAGCUCAUGACAAUUUCGGGCAAGAAAUCCAAAUCGAAAUGGAAGCCUAUGCCCUCAAAGAACAACAAGCUACAAAGCAUGACCUUGCUGCUCUCGAUCGAUCCUUUGUGGCUUUCAACGACCUCUCCCAAAAACUUGCUGCGUCAAAUGAGAAGGGUCAACGCGAAGCAUCGGAUUUAAGCAAGUCCUUGUUGACUGUCAAGGAUGAAGUGCAGAAUUCUGUUCGCGAAUGGGCGCAGGGUGUGAGCGAGAGAAGCAAGUCCAUGGUCGACGAACUACUCGGACACCAACAACAGCACCUCACAGCUGUCGGUUCAGUACUCGACUCUACUGCCAGUCUUGUCGACGCAAUUAUCACUACCGCACAAAAACACCUCGCUGCUGAGUCAGCAUCUGCUCUUCGUGCGCGUGAUCUUGCUAUACAGACAUCAUCAUCCGAGAUCACCCGACUUCGCUCCCAGAACCUCCUCCUGGCCAAACUCCUUUCCGAGGAAAAAGCGAAGACAGCCAAACUUCGCACCGAACUCAUUGGUAACUUGACAAGUAUGAUCGAGAGUUUCACGGAUGAACAAGACAAGGGCUUAAGUGCGGUGGUUGACAAAGUCAAGAUGGAGAAUGAAAAAAGUGUUGAGGAGAUGGAAGAAUUUGGCGAGGAAGCAAGGAGUGUAUGGGAAGAAGGGGAUGGGAGAAGAAAGUUAUUCGAGGAUGAGGUAAGAUCGGGCGGGGAAAGGGCGGUAUUGCAAAAGGGAGAAGGUCAGCUGGCUCUUGGGCAAGUUCGUGAAGGUUUGAGAGAGAGACUAGAGAGUUAUGGUCAAGAAACAAUGGAAGAGGCAGAGGCGCACGUUGAAGUGGUGGAUGGUUUCUGCGUCAAGAUGGCGAAGAGCGCUACAAGUGUUGCGAACAAGUCAACAGCUCGAGGAAAGAAGAAUUCAGAGAUUAUCGAAGCUUUGGCGAGGAACGUGAAAUCCACGCAUGAAGCCUCCCAAGCAAGAUCUUCUGCCAUGGCAGACUCUAUUGACAGCCUUACUUCCACUCUUCUUACCUCUCAAUCGUCAUCUUCAGCCACUUUCUCACAAGCCUACUCUGCAACCGAGUCUAAUCUCAACUCUAUCAUGUCCUCCACUGCCGAUUUCCUGAAGUCUGGUAUCCAAGAAGAUAUUCCUACCGGUAUUACUCCACGUAAGAAGGUAUGGAACGUCCAGGCCGAAUGGGAGAGGACGGGACCCAGAGAAGCGGUUUUGGCGAGCUGGCGAAAAAGACAAGAGUCGGCGGAACAAUCAGAAAGCGAAAACGGAGUCAGAGAUGAAUCGCAAGUAACUACCAACAGACGCAUUUUAAGGCUCCGAAGGACUGACAGUCGCAAGCUCCCAGGGGUGGUGAAUGACGAGGCGAGCGAAGCAGCCGACGAGGUCUUGGAAGACGGGGUCUCUCAAACUGAAUCUCAAGCGAGUAUCAGUAGUACCAUCAUGUCCCGGACAAGCUCUCGCGAGCCAACCCCAACGGGUAUCCCUCCUCCCCCAUCGAUACCCAGCACGCGUACCUCUUCUGGUCAGACAAUACCGACCCGAUCGAAACUGACAAGAUCAACAACCGGGAAGAAGCUUGGCAAUGAAAUCGCCGACGAACCCCGGCCUGCGGUGACGGUUUUGGGAGAAGGUGGAGUGAAUCUUCCGAGGCGCGGUGAACGUAGGUAAAAGAAUAAUUAAUUUAUUUAAUACGCAUUUUAUUUAGCAAAUAGUAGAAUUAACUUAAAUACUUAAUAACGGACAUUUUUGAGUUUGGAUAGAUGUACAGUGACAUGCAUGUGGUAUCUUCUGG